ACUAGUCUCUGAACUCUUAAGAGAACUAAAAUAAGAAAAAUUGGAAUGAAAUUAUGGCCUAACCCUAACCUGUUACACAUACUACGUUCCGGUGUCUGCCAUCUUGGUACGCAUACUUCAGGAGUAUCGACAGUUAGCUAGCAAUACCACCAAUGUAAGCUAUUGAAUAAUAAUAUCUGGUAUUGGUUAUUUUAUACUUGCUUUGGCAUCAGAAAACACAAACUGACUCUCUUCGGCUCGAUAUUUUAGUUUUCAAUAAUGUGAUUUCGGUGAUAAAUUUUCACCUCUUAACCACUAUUUCCUAUCUUUCAGACAUCUACUGCUCCUAUUUAAAUUUUAUUGUAUGUAAACGUAUGUUUUGAUGGUGUUAAUAACAAAAUGUAUUUUGGUUUUUUGAUGGGUGGUCUGGUUGCUUUCUAAAUUUUUUUCUAGGGCCUCAAUUUACUGUGUUGUGUAAACCUUGCAAGAAUUUGUUUUAGCAACUAAUUUAAAAAAUUUUAACUGAAAAAGCACGAAUAAUAUACUUUUUACAUUUGGCAAUAUAAUUCAUUUCAAUUUGCAUGUAUCUGUUAAAACCUUGGUUUUCAUUUUAUUCCCAUGAGAUUUAUUUCUGGUAAACUAGGAAUAGAGCAGAGCAUAUUAUUUUGGUGUUCUGUUGUGACCUAUGAUUGAUUAGGAAUUGUAAUUGUUCCUUUCUAUGUGUACUUAUGCCAUUGCAUGUUCUAAUGCUUCCUUCUCUCUCUUUCUGAAAAAGAUAAAUAGCUAAGCACAAGCCAGAUCUUUUGCAUAUGGCUGACUUUAAUUUUUAUGAUGAUUUGGGUGUGACGGAGGAAGGCCAAGAUGAUCAAGGAACUUGGGCCUCAUUUUCCGGUCGGGAUAGCGUCAUGAUUGCAGUCGAUUGUUGUGAGCAAAUGUUCCAACUCACAAAUGAUGAUGAUGAAAGUUGCCCAUUUAAUAAAAUAUGUGAGGCAGCGAAAGAUAUGCUGAGAAACAAGAUUAUUUGCAGUGAACGUGACCUACAAGCUCUUGUUUUCUUUGGUACAGAAGAGACUAAAAAUCCGUCCGAUUUCAAGAAUAUUUAUGUUGUACAAGAUUUGGAUUCAUCAUCUGCUGCUAGGAUUGAAGAGCUUCAAACAUUACAAGAUUCAACAGAAGCUGAUAUCAAAUUGAAAUAUGGACAAUGCAAUGAUCAUCAAAUCAGUGAUCUACUUUGGUGUUGUUCAUCAAUAUUUAGUCGAACAACAGUCAGUCUGUCUUCGAAGACAUUGAUUUUGUUCACAUGGGAAGAUGAUCCACAUCAUGGUGAUAGAAAUGCACAUUUGCGAGCUAGAACGAAGGCCAAGGACCUCAUGGAACAAGAUAUAACAAUCCAAGUCCUUUCAUUUAACAGGAGUUUCGACUAUGAGAAAUUUUACAAAGAUAUUAUAUCUGAUGUUGAUGCGGAUGUUUCUAUUAUACAAAAUCCAGUUGAUGGUAUCACAAAUUUAUAUGAUUUUCUGCUCAGAAAAUGCUCCAAGCAAAGAGCGAUGGGUACUAUUUCAUUUCAAUUGUUUGAUGGGAUGGAAAUGUAUGUUGGUGUUUAUACUGCAGCAAGGCGGGCAACAAAGAGUAGUAAUGUCAAUAUAGAUUCCACGUCAAAUGAAGAAGCAUUUGCAAAAACUAACUUUGUUGAGAAAGACACAGGGGAUAUUCUGCUGCCUGGUGAUAUCAAAUUAUCACAAAAGUGGGGGAAUCGGGACAUUAUGUUUGAAAAUGACGAAGUAGCAGAUAUGAGAAAAUUCUUUGGUACAGGGAUGAAACUUCUAGGAUUCAAGCCAACAGCCAAAGCAGUGAAGCCAUGGUUACAUGUAAAAGCAGCUCAAUUUAUAUAUCCUAAUGAAAAAGCUGUUAAAGGCAGUACAACACUGUUUUCUGCUCUUUUAAUAAAAUGUAUUGAAAGAGAUGUUGUUCCCAUAUGCAGUUUAUCAGCACGUUCCAACACCGCACCUAGAUGUGUUGCUUUACUUCCACAACAAGAAGUUAUUGAUGAAACUACGGGAGAGCAAAAACAAUCUCCAGGGUUUUAUGUUAUCUUCUUGCCUUUUUCAGAAGACAUGAGAAAUAUUGAAUUGAAAGAGACUAAAGAACCAGAUGAGGAGGCAGUGAAAACUGCUGGAACUUUUAUCAGGAAACUAAAGUUCACAUACCAUCCUAUGAAUUUUGACAAUCCAGCUUUACAAACACAUUAUCGUAAUCUUGAAGCAAUGGCAUUAGAAAAAGAUGCACCAGAUGAAAUAGAUGAUCUGACACAACCAAACUUUGAUAGGAUAACCAAAAAAGCAGGAGACUUGAUUGCACAAUUUAAGGAACAGGUUUAUCCUUCUGGUUAUGAUCCAACUGCAAAAGUCAGUAAACCAAGGCCAACUGCUACAAAACGAAAGACGGAAGCAGCAAAUGGCGGUACCAAUGCCAAGCAGAUGAACAUAGCUGACAUAAAAGAACUUGCAUCAACAGGUAAACUUGCGAAACUUACUGUAUCGGUCCUUAAAGAAUUUUGUAAAAACAAUGGCAUUAAUGUAACAGGGAAAAAACAGAAUUUCAUUGAUGCAAUUGAAGAAAAGUUUUUGUAAUGUCUUAGUUUUAUAGUUUACCAUAUUCUGUAGUUUGCAAAUAAUUGUGCAAAUACAAAUCAACCUUUUUUAGUUUUGCUUA